AUGUCAGAUUUUAUUCAAUGGACAUAUGAAAAUAGAUAUUAAAUCUCUAUUGAUUUAGCAGCUGGUUCUAUUAGUGGAAUGUAAUAUUCAUUUUUUAAAUAUUAGAGCUAAUUGUAUUUCAAGUCAUCCAUUAGACACAGUUAAAGUAAGAAUGCAAAUGUCAGAUGAUGGUGUCUUAAAAACUCUAUAAAAAAUUAUAAAAAAUGAAGGAUUAAAAGGUUUUUAUAAAGGAAUGUCAUUUCCUAUACUUUCCAUACCAAUAACUAAUGCAGUUGUAUUUUCGGUUUAUGAAUUCUGGAGAAAAUUUUUCAUAGGAAAUUCGAAUAAAUAACUCACUUAUUUCCAAACGUAUAUAUUUAUAUGUGAAUAUAAGUGCAUUUUGUGGAAGCAUUGCAGGAAGUUCAGCUGCUUUCUUCUCAUGCCCAAUUGAAUUAACAAAAUGCCGAUUAUAAAUGUAAGAAACUGAAAAAAUUUACAAAAAUCCCAUAGAUUGUGUUAUCUAAGUAAUUAUUUAUUCAAAUAUUUCAUAGAUUUACAAAAAAGAGGGGUUUAAAUAUAUUUUUAGAGGUAUGCAUGCUACUUAAUAAAGAGAAAUUCUUGGGUAUUCUGCUUAAUUUGCAGUUUAUGAAUGCAUCAAGGAUAUACUAUGUGAUUUAUCUUAAAAAGCAGAACCUUCAACUGCAAACUUAUUAAUAUCAGGAGGUUUAGCAGGAGUAUCAUGUUGGACAAUAGGAUAUCCUUAAGAUGUAAAAUAACAUAACUAAAAUCAAGACAAUUAAAACAAUUCUCUAAUGUUAAACAUGCACUGAUUCAAGAAUUUAUAAAGUGAGAUGCUAUGACGGUGGAUUUUUUGAUUGUUUAAUUAAGAAAAUAUCAACUGAAGGUUUUGGAUCUGUUUGGAAGGGAUACUCGGUUUGUGUCUUUCGGGCAUUUUACGCUAAUGCUAUUGGGUUUUAUGCGUAUGAACUGGCCAAAGAAUAACUUACUUCAUUCAUUUAGUUUUGA